AUGGAGAUCGUGCUACAGAGUAACCUGUUUUUACGUUCGCGAGUGACGAUCGACGGGCGCGGCGUGCACGUGCGCAUCACCAACGGCAGCAUCGUCCUCCAGAACGUGAAUGACGUCAUCAUUCACAACAUCGAAGUGUCGGGUAACCCGCGCGGCGAUCUGAUUCCCAUCUACAACAGCAGCCGCGUGUGGAUCGACCACUGCCGCCUGCAGGACGCCCUCACGGGCACAGUCGACGUGGCACGGGGCUCCACUGACGUCACCAUCUCGAAUAACUACAUCAGCAGCCGCGGCCAGACGAUGCAGCUUGGCUUGUCGGACACGGAGGAAGCGGACAAGAAUAUGCGAGUCACGAUUUACCGCAACUGGUUCAACACAUCCGGAUCCAUGCAACCGCUCUGCCGCAAGGGCCGCUGCCACGUGGCAAACAACCUCUACACCCACUGGUCCUACUACUGCCUCGCCGCGCGCCGCGGCGCGCAAAUCCGGUCAGAGAAAAACUUUUUCCGGCCGGCGCCGGGGUCGGCGCGACUGGAGGUGACGCCGUGGUAUAGAGGCAUGCCGGCCACAGAUGUUUGGUUCGACGCUACAGUUACCAUCGCGUCGUUCCAAGACUACUUGGCUGGAGGCGCGACGUUCAAUAAGACGGCGUAUGCCGGCCCCACUCCGAUCUUCACGCCGCCCUACGCGCUGUCGCUGCCGCGGAAUCCACGUCAGAUGGCGUCUAUUUUGAGAAUCAACUGCGGUCCCAAGUACGAUGUCGAUUCCGCACUACCCCCUGCUUCGGGACAGUUCCUUCCGCCUGCCCCACCGACCCCAUCCCCCACGACUCCUCCUGCGACUGCGAACACAACUUCUACUGUUUCCAGUAGCAGGACAUCCCCUGCAACCAUAUCUCUAUACAACACCAGCAGCACUUGGAUCGACCAUUGCCGCUUCUCCAACCUUUCCGCCACCCUCCCAGCCAUCGAGCUCGCCCGAAACAGUACCGCGGUUACCAUCUCCAACAACCUCUUCUACGGCACGCUCGGCACGCAAACCGUCACUGCCUCGCCAAGCCCAGCCUCGGGGACAGGCUCGGCACUCCACCUGGGCCAAUCAGACGGCGACGGAAUUAACCGUGACAUGAACGUCACUGUCUACAGGAACUGGUUCCAGUCUCUAUCUGCAAUGCAGCCGAUGUGCAGGCUAGGCAAGUGCCACGUGGCAAACAAUCUCUACAUCAACUGGACUGGGAGCACGGUGGAAGCCAGGGCGGCUGCUCAGGUGCUGCUGCAGAGCAACCUCUUUAUAAGCGGACCCGAUUCAGUGUUCACUCCGCCAUACGACCUUCCUCUGGGGGACCCCAAUGCCCUGCUCUUCGUUGUCUUCAUGAAGCUGAACGCUGGUCCCCAUGCCAACUGA